AUGAGCAUAUUCGGACAGGGGAUCUACCUUAUCCAAGGUACCGCCAACAUAGUGGCAACGCUUCGACAGCGCGAUCUUUCAGCAUUCACACUGCACGAAUAUAUUCUCCGUCACGUUUUCGGUCUACCCUUAGAAGCUCUCAGGACGUAUGAAGCGGACGACUCUGGCGGCGACAUUACCCCCAAUGUCCACUCCGGCGUUGAGCCACGGAACAGAGUUGAGUUUCACACGAUAGGUUCCGUGCGUCGGUAUCUCCACGGUCCCGGAGUGACUCACCUCUCCAGGACAUUCGAAAACGAUAUCACGAAUCGCCUCUUCUAUUUGCCAAUUGGUGGCGACUGGGUUCGCCGCGAUGACUUCCUCGACUUAUUCAACAAGGAGAUAACACGCUCUGUUAUUGAUUCGCUUUGUGGGAAGCACCUUACACAACAGCACCCUGGGUUUAUUGACAACUUAUGGGAGCUCGACAAUGGUGUAUGGAAAUUACUGCUGCGUUUUCCGCGGUUUCUAGCACAUGGCACGUAUGCCGCAAGGGAUUCUGCAAUCUUGGCCAUCAGAGACUGGCAUUCUUCGGCUGCAGGCAACUUCGAUCCCGUCUACAUAGACGAAGUUGGCAACGAUCCGUUUUGGGGGUCCCAGUUCUUCCGGGAUCGGCAGAAGAUGUUCCAAGAUAUGGAUGGCUUCAAUGCCGAUGCUAUUGCUUCGCAAGACCUCGCAUUUGUCUGGGGUGCAAUCAACAACGUGAUAGCGACCGCGUUCUGGGUCACUUUAGAAGUCUUCAGAGGUUCGAUCUUGCUCGGACUCAUCCGCAGUGAGGUGCGAUCCUGUCUCAUUUACAGCGAAAAGACUCCUGGAAUCCGGGGACCAACGUUCGAUAUCACCCGACUCGUCCAGCAAUCUUUCCUUCAGGCUGCGUACGCCGAGACACUUCGCCUCCGGGUGAAUGGGUUCUUCCUCUGGCGUGUGCCGCACCACGAUAUCGAUAUUCGCGGCUGGCAGAUCCGUCAGAACCACUACGUGGCGACGAGCCCAACGCCGGGGCACAUGGAUCCUACGAUCUGGUGUACCGACGACAAUGCGGGACAUCCAGUUGAGGAAUUCUACGUUGGGCGCUGGGUGAAGUCGAUGUCAUCGCCUGCCGGGUUGCCUGUCAAGAGCGAUACCUCGAGCGCCCAGGUUCAAUUCACGACUGAAUUCGCAAGAGGCGCCUGGAUUCCUUUCGGCGGCGGAUAUCAUUCAUGUCCCGGACGCCGUUUUGCUAAGAUCAUGGUGGCGCUUACAGCUGCACUGCUCGUGACGAUGUAUGACUGUGAAUUUCUGAGCAAUGUGGAAGAGGUUGGUAUGAGUAUGAGGACUUUUGGUUUCGGAACUCUAGGCCCCGAUCGGAAGGUGCCCGUUCGCAUGAGGAGGAGAGUAACCUCAGCCUGA